UGUUAGCAACGUGUUGCUCCUCUCGUUUUUCACGUUUGACGAUUUUCUAUAUUGUUCACCCAGUAAUUGUGUGGUGCGCUGAACGUAUGCGAACGCAUUUAUGUCAAAUUCGCAAUAAUAAUAAAGGAAAAACAUUAAAUAUUAACUGAAAGGCAAAACCACACGUUCACUAAACAAAUUCCUGCCGGAAAUAAAAAUUAUCUUGCAAAUUUGUAUGUGCAUAAAUUAAUUUGAAAUGUGUAAAAGUGACAAGAGCGCAGUGCUGAAGUGACACAAGAGCCGGCAUAUUGAUACACAUCAGUGAAAUACACACGCACACACACACUUACAACGACAAGCGCGUAUAAAACUCAAUUUGAAUUUGUAGCGUGUUUGUGAUGUCGAUUGACAUCUGUUACUGCAAAUUACAUUAACUGUUUACAAAGAGUGUAUAUAAAUAAAUAAAAGUGAAAUUACAAGCGCAACAAACAAAAAAAACAAACAAGUGCUAAAUGUAAACGAAAUGACUGUAAAAUAAAAUAAAGCAUUUAUCUGCAUCACCCCCACAGCUGGAAAGCAGGCACCGCCAAGAGCCGAAAAGCAACAAGUACGGAUUAACAUUAGGAGCUGAAACGAUUUUUCGUAUUUGUCGAACGCAUUUUAAAAAGAAGAGCCGAUCAAUAAAUUGAACAACCAACCCACCUAAAAUCCCACAAAAGCGUAACUUAAGCUGAAACUUAUACCCAACAAACAAUCUCCACUCAUUCGACGAAAAAUUUACACAUUCUUACCACAAACACCAACCAACAAACUCCCAAAAAACCAGCAAAAUGUGGCCGUCUAACUGUCAGCGGCGCACACUGCUCGCCAUCGUGCUCGUCUGCUUUGCCUGCCUCAUUGCGCCCGCAGCGUCCCGCUCGCGUGACAAAGAAGGGCGUCGUCGCAGCGAUCGCCUCUCAGCCGCCUCUUCCACCUCCGCCUCGUCCACGUACUACGCCAGCAGCGGCAGUGUGAACAGCAACUAUGCGAGCAUACCUUCCUCGGCCACCAGUUCGUAUACGGGUCCCAUGGACACGACCGGCUUUUGUGUGCGCCGUCGCGAUAUGAAGCUCAUGUGCUACUGCACACCGGACGAGAAUCACGUGCCCGUGCUAAAGGCGGAGUGUUGGGUAUUCUCAGAUAUCUUGCCACAGAACGAUACAACCUGGACGCGUUUCUUUCAGCAGAAGCGCUUGCGUGAAUUGAAAUUUGUCAUACAAAAUCAUGGUCGCCUGGACUAUAUACCAACGCUAGUGUUUGAAUCGUUAAAGAAUUUGACCACCAUUAUUAUUGAGUACUCGCAGGUGGAUGUGGUGAAGAGCAAUGCUUUUGCCAAUCUACCAUAUUUGGAGCGUAUCAUCUUGACCAAUAAUCAUAUAGCGGCUUUGGCUCAGGACGCAUUCGCUAAUCACAUACGCUUGCGUGAGUUGAAUUUGGAGCACAAUCAGAUAUUUGAGAUCGAUCGCCACGCUUUUCAUAACCUACCACAAUGCGAGAAGCUUUUCUUAAACAACAACAAUAUCUCUAACUUGCAUGACAGCCUUUUUGUGGAGAUGCCACACUUGGUGUAUUUGAAUUUGGCACAUAAUCAGAUAUCAGUGCUGACCAGCGACAUCUUCAAAGGUCUGGGUAAUUUGAACGUGCUGAAGCUGUCGAAUAAUAACAUCAAUUUUAUCGGUGAUACUGUGUUUGCUGAGUUGUGGAUCUUGUCGGAAUUGGAGUUGGAUGACAACAAGAUUGAGCGCAUUUCGGAACGUGCUCUCGAUGGCUUGAAUACGCUAAAAACGCUGAAUCUUCGCAAUAACAAGCUGAAGAAACUCGACAACGGACUACUACGUGGCACACCCGCACUCCUCAAUAUCAAUGUGCAGAGCAACGAGUUGGAGACUUUGACAUUUUAUACAUUCCAGCCAAUUAUGGAUAAUUUGGUCAACAGCACAAGUGAACUGCUGCUGUCAGAUAAUAACUUCGUUUGCGACUGUCGUCUUCAAUGGCUGUUUGAGCUGAAAAAUCGUACGCGCUACACGGCAUUGCGUGAGGCGCUUGAGACUUUCGUCUGCACACUGCAUGAUCCGAAAAUUGCCAACUUUGUUGAGCCCGUACCAAAUCACAUUUUAGAUCUGCUUAACAUCGGCAGCAGCUACAAUGGCGCCAACAGCGCCGAACUACACCUCGGUGGCAACAAUAGCGGACGCAAACGCUUCUCCAAGUCACGACAAAAUGGCGGCACACAGCGCGGUGUCGGCGGCAAUGGACAACGUCUGGGACAAAUGCAGCUAAACGUCGAUGAGAAUGUCGACGUGAUCGAUGCCGCCGCCGUUGCACUGACACCCGAACACGGUGAACACGUGCUGUCGCUAAGCAAGCGCUCGUUGGCCGACGGCAGUGAGCUCACUGUUGUCGCCAGCAGUCAGCCGGAAGUGUACAAGGACGCACUCUUGGCAGCUUCAGGUAUACCAGACGUCGCCACCGCCAAUAUUGUUGGUGAGAAGAAGAAGAAAUCCGUAUUGCCCGCAAAACUAAGAGAUGACUACUACGACGAAGCAGCCGGCUUAGGCGGUGGCGCUGCUGCGCCGCAUGGCCUGCUGUUGGCACAACAAAUCGAACUGGGCGAAGGCUUGGACGCGCUCAAACAGAAUGCUUUGUACAAUCAGCAAACCAACGAUGUGAUUGGCAUGACCAAUACAAUCAACGAGCACGGCGCUAGCAAGCCACAGCCGCUGGGCAUCAAGGUGUGUCUGUUCUUGUUGAAACCCGAGCGUCUGCCGUGUCACGACGAGCUCAGCGAUCCGACAGAGUUGCCAUUGUCGCGCGAUCUCAUGGAUGUGCGCAGCAAUCAGGCGCAGAGCAAUAUGUCUUCGGCCGGCAGCGCUCUGUCAAUGGCAACGACGACUCUGGUGGGCGUGGCGGCGAUAAUGUUGCGCUUCAGCAGCAGACGGCGCAGCGGUUAAAGAGUAAUGAUGGCGCGCGGGUGUAAUAGGUAACAGUAAUUCUAUUAAACUGUGUGUCUGCGUUUAAGAAUACUGCGAAAAUAUAUGUGUGUAGACAAUUGCCAAUAUGGGAAAUACACUGGUAAUUUGCAACAAUAAUUUAUAAAAAAAUAAUGAUUUAAUAAUUUUCUUUGACUAUUUUGAAGUGAAUUGAAAAAUUUUAAAUAGAAUUUAAUGCAACUAUUUUUAGGUGUUUUUUUAUUACAAAUAAUUUGUAACAAUUCACACACAUACUUAGAUACACGUGUCAGCAUAUUUAUUAUGAAACGAUCUCUUGCGUGCGCCAACGCAUUGGACAGCGUAAAUACAGAACUUUUAGCAAACACUGUACAUAUUAAAAACCAUUAAACACAAGCGAAAAAUCUUAAAAUGAAAAAAUAACAAGAACCACAUUUGAAUGCCUACUUGAACAGCUUCUGGCGGCCAGCUUAAGCAAACUGGCAUAAAACUGGGCAUACAUAAUUUGUAGUUAGCUUAUGAUUGUAAAUAUCAAUAAAAAAAAAUUAAUAAAACAAAAAAAUAAUAAUAAUUAUAAUAAUAAUUCUUAUUGAAUAAACAAACCCAAGCUGUAAUGUUCAUUAACAAAAUAUUAUUAAGCAGUUAAAGAAUAGACGCUUAAUAAGUUUGAACACAAAAACCAUAAGAAACUUGAAGACGAGCUUCAAUUAACUGUAUGCUUUUUUUGCUAUAGGAAUCAUACAAAGCCACAUAAAAAAAAGUUAAAUUUAAAUAUACUUUAUAUUAUAAUUAAGUGUAAGAUGUAGAAUUGAAAGCAAAUGGUAAAGCACUUAGCUUUAAGCAACUCAAAAUGAAUUCUUUCGCCUGUCAAGCGGCGACAAUUAAACAUUAAAGCUAGGAAUUAGCGCCUAAUGAGAGAAUAAAAAACUUAAAUUAGAUACAUAUAUAUGUAUAUUGCUAUAUAAAUGGUAAUUGUAUUUAUACAAAACUAAUUAGUUAAGUGUAAAAAUAAUUAAUGCAUUAAAAUUAAUAAAAUACGCUGCUUA